AUGUCUACGACAACUAUAACAUCCUCCAUCACUACAACUAAUCAAGCCUCAAUACAAAUUCUCACUACUGAAAUGACCUAUUAUGGACCAAUUAUUCUUUUAGUGUUUGGUAUAACUGGUUGUCUAUGCAAUUUUAUCACAUUUACAGCACCACAAUUACGUAAAAAUUCAUGUGCUUUUUAUUUUCUUAUGUCAGCUGUAUUUGAAUUAUUAUCCAUUACUUUUGGUCUUAUUUCUCGACUUGCUGCUGAUCAUCUUGGUAGCCCAUUAAUCAAUACAAAUCGAGUCUAUUGUAAAUCUCGUGCUUAUUUAAUUUCAGCACUUCCAUUAACAGCUACUUAUUUGGUCUUACUAUCAUCAAUUGAUCGAUUUUUGUCAUCAUCAGUUAGUGUUCGUCUUCGUUCAUUUAGUCAAAUGAAAAUAGCUUAUCGUGCAACUAUAGUAGCUAUUGCAAUAGGUUUUCUAUCAUGUAUUCAUAUUCUAGUUGCAUAUGAUCUUCGACCACGAUGCGGUGUCGUUGCUGGUCCUGUUUCGAAGUUUGAUGGUAUGUUUGCAGUGUUUUGGCUUGGUGUUAUUCCUCAUAUAUUGAUGUUAAUCUUUGGUUUUCUUACUGUUAUGAAUAUUCGACGAGAAAAAAAACGAGUGGCAGUUAAAUUGCAUGAAAAUGCAAUUGCUUCAACUCAAGAAUAUCAUUAUCCUCAACAAAAAACUGAUUCACAUUUAAUUAUGAUGAUGCUUUUUCAAGUUGGAUUUAGUGAAUUAUUGAUUUUAACACGUAUGAUUUAUUAUGCAUACUAUGUUCUAGCACCACCAUUAACUGGUUAUAAUAAAAUGAUCGGUUCAUUCUUAAUGUCAUUCACUACAUUAGUUUACUAUGCUAAUUAUGCUAAAUCCUUUUAUAUAUAUACAUUAUCAAGUCAAUUGUUUCGUUUAGUAUUCAUGAACAGAAUAAAAUCAUGUAUACGAAAAAUUGUUGGUCGAUAUAUACGAGUGAUACAUUUAGAUGAAGGCAUUACAAAUAAUUUAGUAACUUUGAAAAUUCACCAUUGA